UGGGUUGUAUGAUUCUCAAUACGUUGGAAGACUCUUGCGCUACGGUACGAAAGAAAAUCUUUCCACAUGGAUACAGAACUGAGCUGAUAGAACUUCUACGGAUAGCCUGGCCGAUUACAAUAGAAGGCUUUUUACAGUAUGCUAUAUUGUCCGUGAGUUUUUUAUUUUGUGGACAUCUUGGGAAAGAAUCUUUAGAUGGAGUUCAGUUAGCUAGCUCAACAAUAAAUGUUGUUGGUUUUUCUGUUAUGAUAGGCCUUACUACUGCAUUCGAUACUUUAUUGUCGCAGACAUUUGGGAGCCAUAACAAGCAAGAUCUUUGUUUAAUUUUACAAAAAGGAAUUUUGAUAAUGCUAUUGGCUUGCAUACCUAUAUUCGCCAUCUUUGUUAACACGGAAUAUUUACUGAUCCUCGUCGGCCAAAAUCGUGAGGUAGCAAAACUGAGUGGUCAAUACGUUACAAUUGCUAUUGCUGGAUUUCCAGGUUGUGUGAUAACACUUGCUCUCAUGAAAUAUUUGCAGUGUCAGAAUAUUGUUAUACCUGGAGUUCUUUUACAGUUAGUCGCAAACAUCCUCAAUGUUGUGUAUCAUCUGAUUUUGGUAACCGGAUUCGGUUUUGGUGUCAGAGGUGCUGCAGUAGCUGUUGUAUGUACAUUCUGGACUCAACUGUUCUUAUACUUGAUUUUUAUACGAUGUAGUAAAAUCUAUAAAGAAGAAUGGACAGGGUGUAGAAAAGAAGCCUUCCUUGAAUGGGGCACAUUUUUAAAUUUAGCGAUCCCUGGAAUAUUUAUGAUAUCAGUAGAUUGGUGGAGUUUUGAAAUAUCAGUCAUAAUAGUAGGUUACCUUGGGAAAGUUCAAUUAGCAGCGCAUAGUAUAGUGUACCAGAUACAUAGUGAACUAUAUAUGAUCUCAUUAGGCAUAUCUUCAGCCGUAUGUAUAAAAGUUGGACAAAAUGUUGGAGCUGGGGAUCCAAUAAAAGCGCAGACGUCAGCUAGAGUGGGAAUCUUGGUUGGAUGCCUGAGUUCUUUGUUUACAAGUACAUUUUACCUUUCUAUGAAAGACAUUGCACCAAAAGCGUAUACAAGCGAUAGCGAAAUCUUACACUGGACUUCAAAAGUGAUGCCGCUGAUAGCUACAUUUAAUUUAUUCGAUAAUUUAAUGCUUGUUUUGAAUGGUAUUUUACGCGGAACAGGCCAUCAGAAGUACGGAGGCAUUGUUACGGUUAUAGCACAUUAUAUUAUAGGAAUACCGCUCCUGGUAGUGUUCGUACUGUAUACCAAUUUGAAGAUAGCAGGUGUAUGGUGGGCUUUCUGUAUAGUUAUUGUAAUCAUGUUUAUACUGUAUGCUGCGAAGACAUAUUCACUUAACUGGGAAUAUGAAUGUAAAAAGGCUCAAGAAAUGACAGCAGUUAACAUAAAAGACCCUACUGAUUAUGGAGGCAACCACAACACAUCAUGUAGUUAUACAGAAGCCGAACCAAGUGAUAACGAUUAUCGUCAGUUGUUUGAACAAAACAAAGGAGAGUCGUCCAUAUCAUUGUAUAAAUUAAUUAUAUGUCAACGGUGCUUAAUAUUUGUUUCAUUACUACUGAUUCUAGUAGCGAGUAUUGUAAUGAAUAUGUUCUGUAAUCAUAUAUAUAGAAAUAACUCACAAUGUAACGGAAAUAAUACAAUGUAUAAUAUGACUCAAUAUGCUAAUGUUUCUAGUAAUGAUAUUGUUUGCCAACCUUAACCAUUUUUACUGCAUAUUCGUAUUCAGAUUUGAGUAAGAUUAUGAAUAAUGUAUUGUAACAUCAUAUUUAGAUUUGAGUAAGAUUAUGAAUAAUGCAUUGGAACAUCAUAUUUAUAUUUGAGUAAGAUUGUGAAUAAUGCAUUGGAACAUCAGAAGUGACCAUAUUGUAUGUAGUUGUAUCUUGUUUUGUUUGGCAAUA